GUAGUCCCGCUGCCGUAGCUGGAUUGUGUGAGAAUGAUGAGCUGGUGUCAGUGAAUGGAAAGCCUUGCUCAAACCUCAAUCUCUCAGAAGCUAUUGAUCUCAUUGAGGCCUCAGCUGACUGUCUACAGCUGCUUGUCAAAAGAUGCUGUAGUCCACCUCAAGAGAGCUUUGAAAUGGUUAGUACCACUUUCCGGAUCCCUUCUCCAUCCAGGCCUCACGAGCCACAGGAACUAUACACCUCUGAGUACCAGGAUGAAGCAUAUUAUGGGGAGACAGACAGUGAUGGAGAGAAAAGAGGCCAAGUCCAAAUGCAAGCGCAUUGCUCUCCUGCUGUCGGCUCCCGCCCCCAACCCUAAUAACAAGGGGGUGUUGAUGUUUAAGAAGCAUAGACAGAGGGCCAAGAAGUAUACACUUGUAAGCUACGGUACUGGUGAGGACGAGCCAAAUUAUAAGGACGACGAAGACGACAAAGAGGAGCACACUGUUGAGUUCACUGUUCUAGCCACAAGUGAAACAGAAACUGAUGAGGAUUUCUUUACCAAUGCCUCAGGUCAGAAAAGCAUUGUGAGCUUUGAUUGGGAUACUGGAUUACUUGAGAUAGAGCGCAAGCUUGACAAGCAGCAGGAUAUGGAUGCACUACCUGAGACCAAAGGGAAAGGAGCCCUCAUGUUUGCCCAGCGCAAACAGCGCAUGGAUGACAUAGUAGAAGAACAUGAAGAGAUGAGACGUAAGGGGAUCCCUGUUGAAGCGGUGCAGGAGACUGAGACACAUAAAGCAUACCAACACACAGAUGAGCACACUUAUAUGCAUGCACAAGAGACCCAGAAUUACAUGGAUGUAAAUCUACACCAAAGCAUAUCGGCACAAAAGCAGCAACAACAACAACAACAACAACAACAACAAUAUCAUCAGUACCAAGAACAGUACUAUCAACAACAGCAGCAGCAGCAGCAUCAAGACUACCAGCAGCAGCUACAAUACCAGCAACAGCAACAUCAGUACCAACAACAGCAAGACUACCAGCAACAAAAAAUGUACCAACACAUGCAAUCAUACAAUCAGCAACAACACUGCGAACAACAGCAAGUGCAACAGUAUUCACAUCAUAUGAAUGGCAUGUUUGAUCAGCAAAUGCAGAACGAAAUGCAGCCAUUAGUCACAAACAGGAGUGUCAAACCAUUUUCAGUUCAGAAUAGAGUGGCUGCUCCAUUUUCCUCCCAAUCAAGUGCAGAUAAUCAAGAACAGUCUGGGUAUUCAUUGGGACAAGGUGAACAGAUUGCUUCCCGUGAUGAGCGUAUAUCUGUACCUGCUAUCAAGACAGGUAUCUUGCAAGAUACAAGGAUGAGGAGUGCCAAUAAACCUAUGUUCACUUUCAAGGAGUCUCCCAAGGUCUCACCUAAUCCUGCUCUGUUGAAUCUCCUUAACAAGAAAGACAAGAAGGCAGGUUUUGAGUCUUGCCCAGAAGAAGAUUAUUUAAGCUUAGGAGCUGAAGCCUGCAACUUUCUUCAGUCUCCUAAAAUGAAACACAAAAUUCCACCACCAGUUGCUCCUAAACCUCACCUUAACCCUGCUUCUUCCCCAUGGUCUACUCAACAAGAAACUAUUGACCAACCCAGUGUCCCAGCACCUGCAGAAGCUCCAGUCACAGAGGCUGAUGCUGCUCCUGCCCCUAAAAUGGGGGCCCCAACGUUGUUUGAACAAGAGCCUACAUUGGCCCCUGAAUCCCAUGAUGUUCCACACUGUCCUGAACAGCGUCCUCCAGAUAAUGCCUGGAAACAACCAGAAUCUCAAAUGGAGCUGAACCAGCAACCAGAAACCUGGAAUGAGAAACAACCCCAGCUGCAAAUGAAUUCUGAUCUUCCUGUCACACAGCCUGUUACGCAGUCAGAUCCAUCUGUUAGAUCAUGGGAUCCAACUCCAGCUCAAGGUCAUCAGCAGAUUCCAGUAAGUACUUGGGGUCCAAAUGAGGUCCAAUUGCACGUCCCAUCUCAAAACCAGUCUCAAACACAGCCACAGUGGAUGACACAGUCUCAAGGUCCUCCAGAAGUACAAUUGCAAGUGCCUUCUAAAACACAAUCCCAGCCUUGGGUAACACAGCCUCAAGCUUCACCCCCACCCAAACAUCCACCACAGCCUCAGCCCCAAAUCAAUUCUUGGGCACCAAGUUCAAAUCAGUCAACCCCACAAGCUCCAUGGUCUCAGCCACAUGAGCCGGCACAACCAUCUAUCAGUGUUUGGCAACAAGAUCAAAAUCAAGCUCAGGAACAUCCAGCUUGGACCCAAAAACAACAGUUCCAACAAUCACAGGCAAUGCCACAUUGGGCAUCACCCCCUCAGCAACAGCCACAGCCUUCUUGGGCUCAACCUCAGAGGCAGUCACAGUCCCUGGUUUCUCAGGCCAAACAGCAAGAACCAAUACAGCCAUCUGCAAAUGCAUGGACUCAGCCACAGAGUCCAAUUCAUGCACAGCCUCCAUGGGCUCAGCAGACUCAACCAACACCUCAGCCAAUAGCACCAGUGCAGCAACCCAUGAAUCCUUGGCCACCAAUGCCAGCCCAGUCCCAACCACAUCCACAGUGGGGACAAGAACCUGUUUCUCAACAACAUCCUCAACAAGUAAUGAACUCUUUUACACCUGUACAGAAUCAAAUUCAGCCUCCCUGGGCUCAGCCACUCCCACCAACUCCCGCCACUCCAUGGGCACAGAAACCACAACAGCAGGCAUCACAGCCACCUGUGAGCCAGUGGGCACCACCACAAUCUCAGUCUCAACCAGCUGUAAAUGCUUGGGCAUCCCAACACCAGCAGAGUUCAGUUGGCAGCAUUGCCCAAAAUGAAACCCAGAAAUUGCCUCCCCAACCAAACAAGCCAUGGAGUCCAACUCAGACUUCUCAGCCUACUCCUCCACGACGAAUGAAUUCAUAUAACACUGGGACAAAGGCACCAUCUCUUGUUCCAACAAGUAGUACUAUGUCACCCUCUGGUUUUGGUUCAGCAUUUGAGAUGCCGGCCUUGAGAGGGAAAGGAGCUGAACUGUUCGCCAAGAGGCAAUCUAGAAUGGAGAAGUACAUUGUGGAUUCUACCACAGUGCAGUCGAAUAAGGCAAGACCAUCUUCACCUUCUCCUUCUUUGCCACAUUCCUGGAAAUAUUCACCCAAUUGCAGGGCUCCCCCACCAUUGGCAUAUAAUCCAAUUCAUUCACCAUCAUAUCCACCGGGUGCUAUCAAGCAGCCUCCACCCUCAAGCCCUUCAACAGCAAACAAGAACAAAAACAAAGACAAGCAAAAACCUGCCCCAAAACCUCUUCAUGUCCUUGAUGUCAUGAAGCAUCAGCCCUAUCAGCUGAAUUCCUCCCUUUUUACCUAUGGCCCAGCAGCAGAGAAACUUGCUGCAGAAAAGGAGGCAGCUGAAAAGCUUGCUGCUCAAAAAGCAGCUGAAGCUCAGGCUCAAGCUCAAGCUCAAGCUGAGGCCCAGGCCCAAAUUCAAGCCCAAGCACUAGGUCCUCCAAAUCAAAACCAGCAAAUGGCAUAUAACCAAGGUCCUCCCCCUUAUGGUUUUAUGCCACAACAGGCCCAGCAACCCUACGGGAUGGCUGGUCAGUCACCUAUGCAUGAUGGCCUUUACCACCAAGCACCUCCUAAUACAUAUCAGCAUGCUCUUAAUAAUUAUCAACCACAUCCUCAACAGGUCCCAUAUCAACAAGAAUACAACCCCCAACAAGCUUACCAACAACCUCCUUUAAAUCCCUACCAACAAGCACCAAGCCCUCCAUACCAACAGCCCUCCCCACCCUCCUAUAAGACAGGUCCUAAUCCAGUAUAUCAAGCUGGACCUGCACUGGCUUACCAACCAGCCCCUAGUUCUUAUGUUGUGCCAUCUUACCCAGUAGCAGCAAGGGCUGACUCUGCCUCAGGAGGCAGUAUUAUUGCUGCUCCAAAGCCCAAAUUUUCAGCCAAGAAGAGUGCUGCCCAGGUGUGGAAGCCAAGCACUCCUGAAAAAUAGUUAUGUUAUAGUGCUUUUUUUACAGUGUUGUUACCUUAGGACAACUAAGCUAUGGUGCAGAUACUUUAUGUAGAGCAGAAACAUACUUCCAAACAGAAAUACUGUGUUACAACAGACUUUUAAAAUCUGCCAGAACAGAAAAGAAGAGGGCAUAGACAUUUCAGAAUUACAUCACAUGGGGGUUUUUUUUUACAGAAGAAUUCUCUGCCAAGUCCUUUAUACAAAUAUGUUUUUAAAGGCAUGGCCUGCUAAAGGUAAGACAAGCUCGUACUUAGCUUAGACUUAAUUUUGGUCAAAGGGAAUCAGUGUUGAUUGAGAUCGAGAAGAGAAACGAGUGCUUAAUAAUGAGGGGAAUAUUUUGAUGUGAAAAAGUGAAAGAGAGGCAUAAUGGUCUGUUAUGAGGGCUACUGAGUAACUUGAUUUGCAAUAGUACUUAAGGAUAUAAUCCUUAAAACCAAACCAAUGAUAUAUAAUCAUAUUUAAAAUUUAUAAAAGCUUAACAUGACUUCCAAAGGGCUUAUGAAGUAUCAAAUUUCAUACAAGCAAGUAUAUGAUUCAGUGGACAGACAGAAAUAAAUAUAUGAAUAUAGUUGGAAUAUGCAAGUAAACAGUGUAUUAACAAUUUCUGGCAGAGCCAAUGGUGAAAGGAGAUACUGUAUAACAGAGAUAGAGUGUAUUACGGUGGCUAUUUUAUGUAGUGAAGUUCAAUCAACUCUCACUUUCUGAGG